CACUUCAACUCCAUAGCUCGCGGUUCGUUAACUUGUCGACUCGCCAGUGUAAAUCGUAAAAUUUAACUAUGAACUUGAAUUGUCUGUGUAGAGUUAAGACCUGAGAAUUCUUCCAUUGUGUUCUAAGUACGUUACGCUGGUUAUAAUUCGCAUAGAAAACGAAAGUGGUUUUUGUUAUUUAGUCAACAACUAACAGUGGAACGAGUCGUGUGUGUGGGAAAACAAUUCUGGUUUUUUACAUAAAAUAAGAGGAAAACAAGAAUUAAGCUGCUUAAAGUUUUUCAAAAUGUUCGCGAGCAUAAAGUUUGCCCUUGCGUUGCUAUGUGUCGGUGUCCUUUGCUUGGCAAGAAUUUCAGCGGAGGAAAGUGUUCCGGCGGAACAAGAUUUAGCUUCAUCAGCAACUUCAGCGAAAUUGUUCAACUUGGGCAGCUUGUUUGGCCAGACUCCCGGCUAUGGGUAUGGUAAUGGCUAUGGAUACGGUUACGGUAACAACUAUUAUCCAAACAAGAACAACUACUAUCCAACUAGUACGUACCCUAGUAGCUCCUAUCCCAGCAAUUAUUAUCCGAUCAGCAGCAGUUGGAGUGGCAGCAAUGGCGGCUAUUACCCGGCCACUGCAGGCUAUGGCUAUAAUUACGGCAACACUGGUACAGGAUACUAUCCCAACACAGGCACUGGCACCAAUAUACUCGGAGGCAACGGCGGUUAUGGCGGAUAUGGAGGUAAUGGCGGCUUGAACCAAUACUAUGGCUAUUGGAAUCCAAACUACGCUGGCCAACGCAAUCGGGGUUACGGUUAUUAUGCAAAUACAGAUCGCUAUGGCCUGCCUCGCUAUGAUGGCGGUUAUAAUGAUCGGCCAUAUGUAGGGCGUGGCAUUUAUGGUGCAUACCGUGGCUACGAUUGACGUUGACCGGGUGGAGUAUUAAUGUAAUUUUUGAUUCGCUUUAUGUUAUUGUUAAUUUGCUUUUACGAUUAUGUGCCGAUGUGUUUGUGUUGUUAUUACAUGAAAUAAUAAAUCAGCUUUCUGUGUAAAUAUCUUUCGCAAAUUUGGAAAUAUA